AUGUGCAGCUUCGUACCACUCCAUCUCUUGCAGGCUCUUUCCGAGUCGCCCAGCAUCCCUCUAGUGGACCGUCAUGGUGCUCAGAACACCCUGUCCCACGAUGUCCGCCUCGCGAACUCCAUCCAGAGUCAACCAACCGCCAAUGUCCUGACUGGAGCACCGCUGACCCAGCAAGAGCUGAAGACGGAGUUCGUCACCAGCCUCAACGUUAACGAGCAGGCCGAUUUCAAGGUCGUGAACGGCGACGCCUCUCAUCCUAUGCUUGCUCUAUCAGCGUUGACUGUCAAUGAUGUAUCUGAGUCCAAGCUCGGGCACCUAUGGCGCGAGAUCUACGACGCCAACCACGUCGACAGCCCAGACCUACUCCCAGGCAUCCUACUCCGCGCCGAGGGCGAACCCUCCUCAGCGCAACCUAAGUCAGCAGUCCUCAACGCAGCAUACGACAACUUCGAGAAGACCUUUACCUUCUUCCACAAAGUGUUCGGCCGAAACUCCCUGAACGACCGAGGCAUGCCGCUUGUCGCCAACAUCCACUACAGCACCAACUACGCCAACGCCUUUUGGCUGCCAAGCCAGCGACAGAUGAUCUUUGGCGACGGCGGCGCCAUCCUGACCAACCUCACCAGCCUCGAUGUGAUCGCCCACGAGCUCGUGCACGGCCUGACGCAGUUCACGGCGUGUCUGGAGUACCAGGGCCAGUCGGGGGCGUUGAACGAACACAUCUCGGACGCCUUCGCCUCCAUGGUCAAGCAGUGGGACCGCGGCCAGCAGAGCGCCGACGCGGACUGGAUGAUCGGCGAUAGCUGUCUCUGCCCCGGCGUCGAGGGGCUCGCUCUGCGCUCGCUCAAGUUCCCCGGCACGGCCUACGACAAGCUGGCCGUGUCCAGGGACCCGCAGCCGGGGUCGAUGGCCGCGUAUGUCGACACCAGCUCCGACUUUGGGGGCGUGCACAUCAACUCGGGCGUUCCCAACCGCGCCUUCUACCUCGUCUGCCUCCGGCUUGGGGGCUGCUCCUGGGAGCGCGCCGGGCGUAUCUGGUACGAUACGCUGCUCAGUCCCGACAUCAAGCCCAACUGUACAUUCAUCCAGUUCGCGGACCUGACCUGCCAGUCGGCGGGCAAGCUCUUUGGACCAGAGGUCCAGGGCAUCGUCAAGGGCGCAUGGAUGGAAGUCGGAGUCUAUCCCACGCUGGCUUUCGCCUCGCAUUUCGACGGCAUCGUGGCAUCCCUUGGGUACGGCGCCGAGAGCACUUCUGCUCAGGUAUUCGCCUUCGACGGUACGAGCUCAGGCCGGCUCGACCAUGUGAUGAUCCUCCAUUCCGGGCAGGCCUUCGCGGUGGCGACGGCUCGCCUUGCCUCAGACUCAUUGAGUGCGGUCUCUGCCCAGCUUCUUCUGGGCGCAGAGGACAUGAGCUCAAACGCCGCUUGGCGCGGGUUCGCCUUUGACUACAAGCAGAACAAGACGUGCGACCAUAUCUUCUUGUUCGCUCCGGGCUUGGGGAUGGUGUGCAUUUUGGCGCCCGAAGCGCCAGGCGCCGGUGACGGGUCUGGCUGGCGCGCUGUGUACUCGUCAAAGAAAGGCAUCGGGGAGCACGACUUCUUUUCCACCGAGGACCGCGUCUUAGCGUUUGAUUUGCAGCACACAGGCCGGCUGGACCAUCUCGUCGUGUACCGCCCUGGAUCCGGACUGCUGUCAGUCCUUCGAAACGACAAUGGCGUCUUCGCGUCCGUGUUCCGCACCAGGACGGGGCUUCCGGGGUUUGAUCUCAGCUCCGUCUCCGACCGUCUCGUCGCUUUCGAUUACGAGCACAUUGGUCGAGUCGACCACAUCCUAGCAUACAGACCUGGCUCGGGUCUGGUCACCAUCUUCCAAAACCAGGAUGGCGUAUGGAAGCCCGUGUUCCGGAGCAUCCAGCUCGGCACUCCGGGGCCCGCGGGAGACGGAAUAGGUGGAUACCCGCUAUCGCAACGGGGAGACCGGAUCCUGGCUUUCGAUCUCAAGGGGAACGGUAGGAAGGAGUACCUCGCGGUGUACAGGCCGGGCGCGGGUAUCUUCUGGGUUAUCGAAGGGAAAGGGGGCCGCUUCACGAAGGUGUUUGGGGAAGGCAAUCCAGGCCAGGGGAAAGGGGCCGGGGUUGGCGGGUUUGACCUCUCGCAGAUGACUGACUGGAUGGUCGCUUACAACCACCCGCAGCGUGGCCUUCCUGACAGUCUCGUCUGCUAUCGGCCGGCUGAUGGGCGGUUUGUGGCGGUGAAGCCGACGUGGAAGGUGAUGUAG